AUGAAGCUCUCAACCAGCAUCGUCGCUGCGGCCUUGCUGGCCGGCAGUGCCCUGUCCGCCCCAAGCAGCCGUUCCCUGCACCGUAUCCGUGCCCGGGCCCUGGCCCGACAAUCUCACCCCAUGGACGACACCGGCGCUGCCGCCGCCGCGGACCCAAACACAGAGUACCGAACGGCCGCGGCAAACGUCUCCUACAGCAAGAACUGGGCGGGCGCCGUGCGCGAGCAGCCACCCCCGUCGGCAACCUACACCGCGGUGGCGGCGACCAUCACCAUCCCCGAAGCGACGGCCGUGGCCGGCGUGACGGGCACGCAAGCCAGCUCGGCCUGGGUGGGCAUCGACGGCGACACGUACGCGAGCGCGAUCCUGCAGGCCGGGGUGGACUUCUACGUCGAGGCGGACGGGACACACAGCUACGACGCGUGGUACGAGUGGUACCCGGACAUUGCGUACGACUUCAACCUCGCGGUCAACCGCGGGGACGUCCUCGUCGUCAAGGUGGAGAGCAAAUCGCCCAGCCAGGGCGUGGCCAUCAUCGAGAACCAGACGAGUGGGCAGACGGUGACGAAGACGCUGACGGCGCCGGCGGCGACUGCGACGCUGGCGGGCCAGAAUGCGGACUGGAUCGUCGAGGACUUCCAGUACGGGGAUGGCAUGGUGCCGCUGGUUGAUUUCAACAGCGUGGUGUUUUCGGGGACGGUGGCGAAGGCUGGCGGGAAGUCAUAUGGGGUUAGUGAUGCGACGAUCAUCGAGAUGGAGCAGAAUGGGAAGAGGAGGACGCGGACGACGAUCCUGAGCGAUUCCAAGCUUGAAGUUGAUUACGUCCGGGAUUAG